AUGACGAGCAAGUCACUAAGGGUCCUGGUUUCCUUGUUCUGCCUUGCCUGCAUGGCGAGCAGUGUGGUCAAAGCGGAGGAUGUGUUGGCAGAGGUGGACGCGCAGCUUCGCUCAGCUCUCGAGCAAUACUCCAACUCAAAGAAGCAGAUUGCUAUCACCUUCUCAAACAGCGGAUACUUGAACUACUGCAUGAACUGGCUGCAUCAUGUAAGGAGUGUCGGGGUGGACAACUAUGUCAUCUUCGCCCUUGAUGCCGAGGCGUACUCGUCCCUCAAGGGCGAGGCAAACGUCUUCUAUGAUCCCAGGUUGGAUGAAGGGAAGAUAGACAAGAGGGCCACCGACUUCGGGUCUGAUCCCUUCAAGAAGAUCGUUCAUCUCAAACCCACGCUGACGUUGCGCGUGCUCGAGCUCGGUUUCCAUCUCCUCCUCAGCGACGCGGAUGUUGUUUGGUUCAAAGAUCCCUUCUCCGUGCCGGAGGUUGUCGGCAGCCACCUGAACCUGAUGUCUGAUGCUCACUUCGACUACGCCAUGGGAAACACUCCCUACUUCGUCAACAGCGGUUUCGCAUACAUGUCCCCGCACCCGACCACGAUCGCGUUCAUGAGGGAAGUAGUCCGCCUCCUUGCGUCUCGUCCCGACAAGAUGGAUCAGGAUGCCUACAACACGGCUAUCUCCAACUGGGAGCGGAGGACCGCUGAGUCCUUGACUUUCAGUAUCAUGGACCCUGCGAGGGUUUCGAAUGGCUGGGUCUAUUUUAUGCGAAUGCUGGGGCAGAGGAGCGGCGCUGACUUGGUUGCCGUUCACAACAACUGGGCCGAUGGGCAGGGCGACGGCAACACACACGUUCAGAAAGUUCACAGGUUCAGGGAGCACCUCCUAUGGAUGUCUGAUCCAGACGAGAGGUAUGCCAAGAGAAGGCUCUACCUGACGUACGAGCCGCUGGAAGGGACGGUGAACGUGUGGGAGGAGGUAGACAGACUGAAGGAAGCACUGUCCAUAGCGAGGGUCAUGGGACGAGCCCUGAUCCUACCUCGCAUGUACUGCGGAGGAGAGGACAUCGUGCUGGCAGACAUCGACCAGGACAUGUACAGGUGCACCGUUGACUCGUUCCUGGACGUGCAGGCGCUAGAGAGCGGCUUUCCUGAUGGUGUCUUCGAGAGCUCAUUUCCCGAGAACGACCGGGUGCCGCUGGAGAACAUCAGGCCGUCGGCCAUGCUGUACAUGAUGAACGCAAGUGAGGCCAAGGAGCGGACGGGUUCUUACGCUGACGCGAUCAUCCUUACGAUCAAGGGAGCUGGGGGGCAGGUGGACGAAGACGAACUAAUGUACCUCCGAGACAAAGUCAAUCAGAUCCCGCUGCUCACUAUCAAGGAAUUCUCGCACAAGUUUGGAGGGUAUGAGCAUCCUGUGAACCAGCUGUACCUUGAGAAGGCGCUGCGAAAGGGAGUGCGAGAGAAUCAUUACGUCAGAGAAGCUGCGAACAGGAUAAACAUCAAACAUGUCGCUUCCCAGUGCGUUGCCCUGCACGUGCCCAGCUGGUGUUUGGAGGAAAGAGACGAUUGUCUUUCUCGCCUUCCCCUUCUGUUCAGCAAGGGCCCUGCUGCGAAACUGAACAAGAACUGCGUGUUUGUCGUCUGGCUGCACAAGAAGCGAACCAAGCAGCAUGUCGAGCCGAUCGUCUCAACUCUGAGCGCUGUCUUCAAGAGAGUCUGGAUGGUCGCCGAAGAUUACCUAGAGUUCCCCCUGUCUGACUUGUGGAGGAUGGGUGAUCACUACAUGGUGGUAUGGAUUCAGCAGCACCUCGUCCUCAAGCUUGCUCGCUACGUCUACCUGGUCAGGAGGCAAGGUGACCUGCAUCGUUUCGAUCAGGAGGUGAAAAGAGCUCUGGGAGAGGACAGGGGACAGGGAUCGAUCGAGAUCGAUCUGAGCAGCAAAGAUCCACUCCUCCUCCCUCCUCCUCCCUCCUCUUGCCCCUCGCCCAAGUAUGGAGACAACAGAAUGCUCAAGGACGUCGGUCACGAGCUCCAGCAGCAGUUCCGACGCCUCCGCUUGUCCUCUGUCUGCUUCGAGGAGGCGACUAGGAUGACUCCAGCUGACGUCGAGGCCUGGCAGUGGCUGGCAGCUGCGUACCUGUCGGACGAGCAGCUGGACAAGGCGGCCAAGGCCUACGAACGAGCCAACGAGCUCCGUCCGAACGCUGCAAUCCUGAUCAAUAUGGGCGUUGCUCUGCAGCGGCAGGGGAAGCACGAAGAGGCGGAGGAGGUGGUGGUGAAGGAGGACGUGGUGGAAGAGGAGGAGGUUGAGAUUGAGGCGUAUGCCCUGCAGGACCUCGGGAGGCUGGGAGAGGCGCGGGACUCCUUCACCGAGUGCAUCCGAGUCAAACCUGACUUUGCGCGAGCGUACGCGGGGCUGGGCUCCGUCCUGUCAAACAUGGGGGACCUGCAGAAGUCGGUGGAGAACUUCGAGCAAGCUGUCCAGCACGCCCGAGGGCAGUUUGCAGCAGAGCAGGAGGUCUACAAGAAAAUGAUCAGCGAGCUUGGGGAGGUAGCCCUUGCCUACUCCUACUGGGCCACCUCGAUCCUGGCGGCCUAUCAGGUUUCCAUCGGCCAUCGCUCUUACGGGAAAGUGCCGGAGGAUCAAAUCUACAUCGAGCAAGCGACCAAGUUGUUCGAAAAGUCCAUAGAGGUUGAUCCGCAAUGCGGCAUGUGCCAUGGGCAGUUCGGAGACAUGUACAAGGACGCACACAAGAUAACCAAGUCGAUCGAGCAUUACACUCUCAGCGCACUCUACCUCCCGCAUGUCCCAACCAUCUUCUGUAAUCUCGUCUACACCAAACUCUUUGCGUGCGAUUGGCAGAACUACCACGCUGAGUUCGACAGGCUGGUGAAGAUGGUACAAGAGGAGACUGACCCCCGUCGGCCCAUCCCCCGCCACCUUUGCGUUCAGCCCCUGCAGGCCGUCCUCUACCGUCCUCUCUCCGCUGAGCUCAUGAAGCAAGUCGCGAUCACUUACACCAACAAGGUCCUCAGCGAGGAGGGUACUAUCCAACCCAUUCCGAUCCCUUCCUCCGUCUUCAUUCCCGCUGCCGAUGGGAGGCUGCGAGUGGGCUACCUUUCCGCCGACUUCAAGGACCACCCAGUCGCCAAGAGGAUGCAGGACGUGUACGGGCUGCACGACAGGAGGAGGACGAGGGUAACUUGCUACUGCCUGAAUGCCAACGACGGCAGCAAGUGGAGGAACAAGAUCGAGUCCUCAGUGGAGCGAUUCGUCGACUUGCACGUGGUACUCGCUCAGGAGGGGACGGCGGGAGUAGCGUCGAGGAUCGCGAGAGACGAAGUGGACGUGCUGAUCAACCUUGCUGGGCACACGAGAGGAAACGACGCAGUGACGGUGGUCAUGGCGAGAAGGCCAGCUCCUGUCCAGCUGAUGCACGAGGGUUACGCGGGGACCAUGGGGGGAGCGGAGCAUACUGCACACAUGACGGACAGGAUCAGCUCACCGCCCGAGUACGAGGGGCACUACGUGGAGAAGCUGCUGUACAUGCCUGACUGCUUCUUCGUCAACGACCACAGGCAGACCUAUGCUUCGCUGAGAGAUGACGUGGCAGUGGAGGGGGUAGAGAAGGCAAGGAGGCUAGCGUACGGAUCGCUGCCCCCGGACAUCCCCUUCCUCUUCGGCGCCUUCAACCAGCUCCACAAGAUCGAGCCGGACAUCUGGGAUACCUGGAUGGAGGCGAUGCGGAACGCGCCAUGGGCGCACCUGUGGCUGAUCAAGAUCCACUCGAGGGACGCAGAGCUGAACCUCAAGGCGAGGGCGAGGCAGCUGGGAGUGGAGGAAGAGCGAGUGCAUGUGGUGCAGGGGUACAACGAGGAGGAGCAUCUGUACGUCAAGGCUGCUGCUGACCUGUUCCUCGACACUCCCUCCUACAACGCACACUCCACGGGCUGCGACGUCCUCUGGUCGGGGACCCCCUUGCUCACUAUCCCCGGAGACAAGAUGGGGUCUCGAGUGGCAGCGUCCUUGAACAGGGCGAUAGGGUGCGAGGAAACUACCGUGAGGACAGAGGACGAGUACGCGGAGCUGGCAGUAGCGCUGGCCAAGGGGAAGAAGGGGCUGAGGAGGAGGAAGGAGUGCGUGAGAGCAGGAAAGCGCCUUGCUCCUCUCUUCGAUACCGGACUUUGGGUCAGGAACCAGGAGCGUGCGCUGAGAAUGGCGGCUGAAGUUUCUUUCGCACAUCCGCAUGGCUCGAGUGGAGUGCCAGGAGACAGGAAGUUCCAUAUCGUCGUCAGCAAGAGGGAGUGA